AUGACUGGGCCUCGAUAUAAGUUUCCCAAUGGCCAGAUGGUGGACAAGUUUUUGGAUGCCAAAAACAAAAGCUGGGAAUGGGAGAGGAAAUAUGGAAAGACUUACCGCAUCUGGGCAGCAACUAUACCUGAGGUCGUGAUAACCGACCCAGCAGAUGUUGAGGUUCUAUAUCGUCAAUCUACCGACCACCUGAAAGCAUCUCAGGCAAACGCAGGCUGGCUCCUCACACAGCUCCUCGGUUCCGGUCUUGGGCUUAUCAAUGGAGGCCGAUGGACUGGCUUACGAAAGGCACUCGACCCAACUUUCUCACACCAAGCAUCCAUGAACCUUCUACAAGAGAGCCUCAAUGUUGGUGCGGCAGAGUAUGUGGCCGAUAUUCAUAAGUUUGCGUUGCCAGGCAAGAAGGGCACAGAUGGAGAUGGAUUUAUAAUAAAUGCCACGGAGUCUCUCCAGCAAUAUCCAUUCUUCGAGGUGGCUUCAAUAUUCUAUGGUAAGAUGAGCAAGGAUGAGCAAGAACAGCUCUGGGAGCUCGGCCGUCGUUAUUCAGAGGUGUUUGCGUCAGUUGUGAUGGGUGGCAUCCAUCGAUUGAAACUGACAAAGUACCUCAAUACAGCCACCUGGAAAAAAACGCAGCAGUACCAGGAGGCCUGGCACCAGUUUAAUAAUGACAUGUACAAGUCCCGAGAAAUCAAGGACCCUAGCUGUGCAAUAGUAACUCUCAUGGAUGCGGCGAAGAAGGGAGAGUUGACUCAGGCUGAGGUAUAUGACACCAUUGCAGAGUCGACAUUUGCCAACCUUGAUAUUGUCACCCACGUCAUUUCCUCAUGUAUCAUCCUCCUGGCGGACGCUCCCAAUGUCCAGACAGAACUUUUUGCAGAGAUAGAAAAAAACAAGGGGAACAGUGAGGCAUAUAUACCGCGAAAGGACACCCUCCUGCAUUAUUGCUUGAUGGAAUCACUGCGUCUCCGGCCAGUGUUAACCUUCACAUUCCCUGAGAACCCUCCUAGAGAGAAGACCCUGGGCGGUUUCGUUAUCCCCAAACACACCACCAUUAUUGUUGACGCCUUCGCAAUCAAUAUACGCAACCCAUUUUGGGCCCCUGAUAAUCGCUCAUACCGCCCUAGCAGGUUUGAAACUAUAAAGCAAAGCCAGGUGAGACAACCUAGUCUGUGGGUUGUAUAA